AUGGAUUCUUUUCAAAACUAUUCAGAAUUAUCGCAAACAGCUGAUGAAAUAUCAACCAAAGUCAAGAAUUUUGACGGCAAUCAUCAUGCUAGAACUGAACUCCUCAAACAGGUUGACAAACUUCGACUUCUUCUCGAGGAGCCAAUUGACGUAGUGAUGCGACAAUGGGAAUAUACAAAUGUCAUUGCUGCUCUUAACCUUUUAGUUGAAACAAAAACAUUUGAGACAAUCCCGCAAGAAGGAUCAAUCACGGCAAAGGAACUUGCUGCAGCAGUCAACGUAGACGAAUCUGCCAUUGCCCGUGCAUUAAGAAUGUCUGUCAUGUUUGGUAUUGGGGAGGAGGUAGACUCCGAUACAUUUGCGCACAAUAGUAAAUCUCUUGCGUACCGACCUGGUUUUCAACAAGAAUUCUUCAGGCUCAUUUAUGACCAUACUCCCGCAUAUAUUAAACUUCCAGAGUACUUCCGAACUCAUUCCAAAGAAGAUCUCUACGAUCUGACAAAGGGACCAUACGCCUAUGGCCAUGGAUUAGAAGGCAAAACUUAUUAUGAAGCAAUCUCUCACAAUCCAGAGCGUCUACAUAUGUUUAAUACGACCAUGGUAUCCAUGGAGAGACAAUCUCCUAUCACUGGCAUGUAUCCAUUUGCUACACUCAAGGAUGAAGUUGAAGCGGAAAAAGAGAGACCAUUUGUGGUGGACAUCGGAGGUGGAAGAGGUCAAGCUUUAAUUGCCAUUCAAAAAGAAGCACCAGAAGGUUUUGGUGCAAAGAUGAUUCUUCAGGAUAGAUCAGAUGUUCUGGAGAGUUUGACAGAGCAAGAUAUUCCCAAUAUCGAGAAAAUGGUUUAUGAUUUCCACACACCCCAACCUGUUAAAAAUGCUCAUGUCUACUUCAUCCGACGCAUCCUCCAUGACUUCUACGAACCAGUCUGUGUCCAACUCCUCAAGAAUAUCGCAUCGGCUAUGGGUCCUGCAUCCCGCGUUGUCAUUGCUGACAUGAUACGACCAGAGAAGACUGAUAUUGGUGGUGAAAUGAUGAUUUAUUGGAUGGACUUUUGCAUGAUGAUGUUGAAUGGAAAGGAGAAGAGUGAGAAAGAAUUCAGAGAGAUUAUUGACGCAGCCGGACUGGAGGUUAUCAAAAUUUGGAGGUAUCCAGUUGGAACACAGGCACAAAUUGAGUGUCGAUUAAAGAGAGUAUAA